AUGGCAUCCAACCCACCUGCCGUCCUCGCCCCCUCGAGACCACUCGACGAGUUCGAGCAGAAAGUAUACGAGAUUUCGCAGCGCUUGGGGACACAUGAUACAGAGGGCUGGGACAUAGACACCCAAGCCCUCCGCCUAACAUUCGAAUCCGCCACACAGUCCCCGCCCCAAGUCAACUACCUGCUCACCAUCGCGCCGAAACACUGCAACAUGCUGGGCAACCUGCACGGUGGAUGCGCCGCGACGCUCUUCGACGUGCUCUCCUCCAUGAUCCUGAUCGGGGUCUCAAAACCGGGUCUAUUCGCUUACGGAGGCGUGAGUCGGCAUCUCGACGUCACGUACAUCCGGCCUGUCCCGGUGGGGACGACGGUGCGGUUGACGUCGAGGGUUGUGCAUGUUGGGAGGAGGUUAGCGCUUAUGCGGAGUGAGAUUGUGAGGCUUGAAGAUGGGGGUAUUUGCAUGGUUUCGGAUCAUGAGAAGGCGAAUACGGAUGGGGAUUUUGAAGGGGACAGGGGGAAGUUGUGA